AUGUUAGACUUAUUGAUCUUAAUCAAAUCAGCUAUCACACAUCGAUCACGUCGUAUGAUUAUUCGGAAUCUGUGGGCAAACAAUCAAUGCUGGGGUAAUCUGAUUGUACGUCAUGUGUUUGUAUUGGGCACCGUGAAAAGCAUCUCUGAUGUUUGGUUAAAAUUGAUCGAUAAAGAAUCUCAACAAUUCGGAGAUUUGAUUCAAGGAAAUUUUAUAGAUAAUUAUUACAAUAACACGCAUAAAAUGAUUUUCUCUAUACGUUGGGCGAUCGCAUUCUGUCCGGAAACACGAUGGUAUUUGUUUGUGGAUGACGAUUUUUUUAUCGAUACCAGAUUGUUUUCAGUUGUUCUAAAACAAUUAGAUCCUCGACUAUCGGGUCGGCUAGUAAUAGGCGAUUUGGCUCGCGCGUCUCCCGUACUUCGUCGCAAUCUGCAUCGAUCCAAAUGGACUGUGAGCUAUUCCUUGUAUCCACAGAAUACCUAUCCGAAAUUUGUACAGGCCGGCAUUUUCCUAAUGGGUGCCUCCAUGGCUUUGGAUGUGUAUGUGGGAUCACGUUUCACACGAUUUUUCCCGUUCGAUGAUGUGUUCAUUGGCCUCGUGUUGAAUAAACUAUUACGGCGCCCAAUUCAUUUAAAUCAUCUAAUACUAACUCGUCCGCGUGCUGACGUGUUCUACAAAGUGAACAAAUCACUUGCUUUGCAUGGAGUUUAUUCACCCGGUCGUCAACGUUCUUAUUGGCGUAGUGCCAAACUUCAACAAAUGUGUCUGAAGAAAAACACGUCGGUGAUUUGA